AUGUAUCUUCUUUCCUUCCCUCUGCUACUACUUCUCCUGUGCUCCAGAGCCAAAGCUGGGGAUGUCAUCGGUGGCACAGAGUGCAAGCCACACUCCCGCCCCUAUAUGGCUUACCUAGAAAUUGUCACUUCUGCGGGACACCAGGGGGCCUGUGGUGGUUUCCUGAUACGUCGGAACUUUGUGCUGACAGCAGCUCACUGUGCAGGAAGGUCUCUAACAGUCAACCUAGGAGUCCAUAAUAAAAAAGAGAAAGAAGACUCGUGGCAGAAACUUAAGGUUGUAAAACAAUUCCCACAUCCAAACUACAGUAACUAUACGUUUCUCCACGACAUCAUGUUACUCAAGUUGGAGGAGAAAGCCAACCUGACCCUGGCUGUGGGCACACUCCCACUCCCACCCCGAUUCAGCUUCAUCCCAUCUGGAAGAAUGUGCCGGGCUGCAGGCUGGGGGAGAACAGGCUUGGAGGCGCAUGCCUCAGAUGCCCUCCAAGAGGUGAAGCUGAGACUCAUGGAUCCCCAAGCCUGCAAACACUUCACAAACUUUAACCACAACUCCCAGCUGUGUGUGGGCAAUCCCAGGAAGAGCAAAUCUGUAUUCAAGGGAGAUUCUGGAGGCCCCCUCCUCUGUGCUGGGAUAGCCCAGGGCAUUGCAUCCUAUGCAAAUCGAAAUGCAAAGCCCCCUGUUGUCUUCACCCGAAUCUCCCACUACCGGCCAUGGAUCAACAAGAUCUUGAAGGAGAAUUAACCUUGGAGCCUGGGCCAGUCUGAAGGGAAAUCUGGAACUGGAUCUGAACAGCUUCUCUCUACCACUUGCUCUAGCCUGUCUCUGGAUCCUGCUGAGGUCCUGCCACAUCCUUGAGACUCCAGAAGGUUGCUAUGUGCAACCAGUUCACAGAACUCUCAGUAGGCUCAAUAA